UUGAUCCCUUACUGAGACACGGUAUUGGUAAUGGAGGCAAGAUCACAAUUAUAAUAUAACGUAUAAAUAUAUUACAGCAAGGGUGUUUUAAGUGUUAAUAAUCAUAAGUAACAGUUAAUAUUGUUUAUUAAUAGUAAUUGUGAAUAUUAAAAAAUGAUUUUAGUGUAAAAAAUUAAUUAAUACAAUAAUAGUUGUAAAAGUUUUACGAUUCAUAGGAAUUUUCAAUUAAUUGACCAUGUCAUAUCCUGGACAACCACCGAUGGGCAUACCUGGUAUGCCACCAAUGCCAUACAUGGUUGGUGCUCCACCGCCUAUGCUUGGCAGUGUAAUGCCAAUGCCACAUAUGAUACCAACGCCUGUAUCUGCUAUGCAAACAUCAGCACCAGCAGUGCGUUACACGAGAACCCAACAACAACAACAACAACAGCAACAACAACCGCAGCAAGCACCUCGACCAGAAGCACCAAAACGCCGUGAACGUGAAAAUGGUCCAGCGGUUACUGUUUUUGUGGGUAAUAUUAUGGAGCGUGCACCCGAUAUUAUGAUAAGACAAAUUCUGGGUGCUUGUGGUCAUGUAGUAUCGUGGAAACGUGUUCAAGCUUUCGGAUUUUGUGAGUACGCUGGUCCAGAUGCUGGUUUACGAGCUGUAAGACUGCUUCAUGACAUGGAAAUCGGUACAAAACGUCUAGUUGUUAAAGUUGAUGCUAAAACAAAAGUUGUGCUCGAUCAAUUUAAAGCCGAGAGAAGAAAGAAAUUAAAAGGCGGACAAUCGCCUUUGCAGGAUGAAACUCCAAGUGAGAAUGCUGAUGGUGACGACAGUGAUGAUUACAUGGAUGAAGGAAUGCGUGUUAUUGAUCAGGAUGCAUUAACUCGUAUUGCCCAGGUUAUUAAAGAACAUGCUACUGAAAUAGAAACAGCCCAAGCUGCUGCUGAUGCGAGAAAGUCAGAAGAUUUGUUAAAAUCGAAAGGAUUGAAUCUCGAUGAUGCUGAAAUAGAAGAAAGCAAAAGAGACUUGAUAACACGUGAGAUUGGCAAAUUCAGAGAAGUUAUGAAGAAACAAGAGGAAGAAAAGGCUCAGGUUAAGCGAAAACGUGAAGCUGUUGAAAAAGAGGAACGUGAAAAACGUGAGAGAGAAAGAAAAGACAGGAGAGGUGACGAUGAUGGUAGAGAAGAGCGGGAUGGUGACUUUGGAAGCCCUGUAUCGCAUAAACCUCAUAAUGAUCGGAGGGACAAACGUCGAUCCAAGUCUAGAUCUAAGGAGCGUGAAAGAGAUCGUGACCGAAUGCGGAAUGACAGAAAUCGCGAGCAUAAUCGUGAUCGUGAAAGAGAUCGUGAUCGUGAACGUGAACGCGAUAGAGACAACAGAGGUGACAGAAAUGACAGAGAUCGUGAACGUGAUCGUGAACGUGAGCGCGAUCGUGACAAAGACCGCGACAGAGACCGUGAACGUGAUAGAGAACGUGAAAGAGAAGAGGUGAGAAAGAGUGAGCGUGAGAUAAUGCGUGAGCACGAGGAAGAGGAAGAAGCUAAAGAGCGUAAAAAGAUUGAGAGGCGAGCGAGAGAAAAAGAAGCUGCGUAUCAAGAUCGACUGCGCCAAUGGGAGGGACGCGAGCGUCGCAAGCAGAAAGAGUAUGAAAAAGAGUUAGAUAAAAAGCGCGCUAAACGCGAGGCGAGGGAAAAAGAAGCGACGCGUUUGAAGGAAUUUUUGGAAGAUUACGAUGAUGAUCGCGAUGACUCAAAGUACUACAAGGGUAAAGAAUUGUCGCGGCGACUUGAGGAACGAGCUUUGGAAGCUGAAGCUGACUCACGUGACCGGUGUGCAGAGCGUCAAGAACUUCAACGUCUCAGGGAUAAACUUUAUGCUGACGCUUCUCAUCCUGAUCCUGCUGCCGAGUUUGAGCGAUUAAAAGCUGAACGGGAAGAACAGUAUAAACCGAAACCAAUUAUUACGAUAAUUGAUGAAGAUGAUGAAAAAAUAGAAAAAGGCAAAGACGGAGUGAUGCCGCCUAUUGAAACCGAGCCGAUUGACAGUGACAGUGAUGAUGAUGUACAAUUCGAAGAAGCACCGCUGCCAGAACCCUCGAGAACUCCACCACGUCAUCAUCAUCACCAUAGACGGCAUCACCGUCAUCAUCAAAAUCACCAUCGCGACUCUGAUAACAUUGACGGAAUGGGCUCUGAACAGAGCAGAGAUGGUACUAAAGACAGACGCAUUUCUUCCCCGGGUAUUCAGGUGAUAGGUACACCAACUCAGCCACCGCCGACUCACGACGAGGACUCGAGGAUGUCAUUGGUCAGUGAACCUGAGAAAACCAGUGGUAGUAACUUUGUGCCAUUCGCUAUGGGUGGUAGUGGUAAUCGAAAUUCAGAUCAUAACUCUGGUAAUAAGACACCUGUCAGUCCGAAUUCUGCUAAUAAUCUGCAAAGUGCCCAGCAAACUAAAAAGAAAACGCGGAUGGAUGUCAAGGAUGUUUUUAAUAAUGACGACGAUGAUGACGGAACGAAUAAUUCGAAAAAACGUAAACUUGUACCUCUAGACUAUGGUGACGAAAAGAAGAAAAAAGGUGGUGAUGACUCGAGUAAAGGAGGUAAAGAAGAAAGCACGAAAAGUCAAGAAGAAAAAAGAAAGCACAUUAAAUCUCUUAUUGAUAAAAUACCAACUGAUAAGAAUGCUCUUUUUGGUUAUCAACUCGAUUGGGCGGUUAUAGAUAAUACACUAAUGGAAAAAAGAAUACGCCCGUGGAUAAACAAAAAAAUAAUAGAGUAUAUCGGUGAACCUGAGCCAACAUUAGUUGAUUUUAUUUGCAGUAAAGUUAUGGCUGGCAGCUCGCCACAGGGUAUCCUCGAUGAUGUACAAAUGGUAUUAGACGAAGAAGCUGAAGUGUUUGUGGUGAAAAUGUGGAGGUUAUUAAUUUACGAAGUUGAAGCUAAAAAAAUGGGCUUAGUUAAAUAAAUCAAUAAAUUGUAAAAAGGACAAAAAUAAUCGAUAAUUUAAAGAAAUAAUUGAAAAUAGAAUUUAAUUACUCUUGACUUGGAUUUAUAUACUGAGAAAAUGUUUUUCUUUUACGAUGUAAUAAUUAGAUACCAUAUACAUAUAUAAAUUAAGAUUAAAAAGAAAAUUAAAAAUAAUGGACAUCUUUUAUUAAAAAUUAUAAACAAAAAAUUGAGCAAUUUAGCUUUUAAAUUGUGACAGUUGCGACUUAAUUGUAAGAUUUACUAUAAUUAUGAAUACGCUAAUGAUAAUUGAUAAUAAAAUAUCAUAAUUCACCUUUAAUGCUCUAAAAAAAUGAAGAAGAAAUACAAUUUGCAUAAUGCUUUAUACACAAUUCAAUUUAUUUAUUUGUUACAAUUUUUCUUGACUUUGAGGUCAAUCUUAUGUUGUACAUUAACUAAAAAUAUAAAAUUUCAAAUUUAAA